CAUCAAUCCUUGAUGAAAGUUAAAAGACACGAUGACGAUGAUGUCCAAGCUAUCGACGGAGCUAGUCGAGGAGAUCCUCUCAAGGGUCCCGAUGACAUCUAUGAGAUCAGUCCGAUGCACUUGCAGAAACUGGAACACUAUUUGCAAAGACGCAACCUUUACAAAGAAGCACCUUUCUCAGACAACAAGCAAAGGCGAGAUUUUGACGGUCGUGAUGAUGAACUGUAGUCUUCAUCUGAUGAGGGUCAAUCUCCAAAGAGGAGGACUUGAUCAUCCAACGAUAAAAACUACAGGUAAACUCAUUAGCCUUGACGAUUCAUACCAAGUCGUUGUCUCUCGAGUGUGUCACUGCGACGGUUUGCUGCUAUGCACAACCGAAGCCUACUCUUGGCUCGCCGUUUGGAACCCUUUCACAAGCCAAACUCGGUGGAUUUGCGUUGAGCCCACAUCUGUUCGCCACCGAAAGCUUUGGUACUCUCAUGCUCUCGGGUACGAGGAAGGCAAGUCUUUCCGCAUCUACAAGAUCUUGAGAUUCGCUGGAAAUGUUCACGAAAUCUAUGCGUUGAAGAACUCUGAUUCUUGGAGAGUUCUUGAUGUUAACACAGACUGGGAUAUAGGUUACGAUAACCACGGCGUUUCCUUGAAAGGAAACACGUACUGGUACGCUAAGGUAGCGGGAGGAGUAGGUUUCUUGCUCUGUUUUGAUUUCACGAGAGAGAGAUUUGGACCGCUUAUGCCUCUGCCGUUUGAGUGUUUUUCAGAUGAUGCUGUGAUUCUGUCUAGUGUUGGAGAAGAGCAGCAGCAGCUUGCGGUUUUGUUUCAGCAUCGUGAGACGUUUGAGAUGGAGGUUUGGGUUACGACUAAGGUUGAGCCCGAUGCUGUGUCGUGGAGCAUGUUCUUUGCGGUUGAUAUGGGGCCGUUGACUGGUUUUCGGUUUAACACCGGUGGUAGUUUCGUCGUAGACGAGGAGAAUGCAGCUGUGGUUGUCUUUGAUGAAGAUAGGAAUGUGGAAAAACCGACUCGCAACACUGCUUACAUCGUUGGGUUUGGAGAGAGUAGUUACUUCAGGGAAGUUGAUUUAGGGAAGAUUACAACAGGGAAAGAGGGUUUUCCGCAUGCGUGCUCCUAUGUUCCAAGUUCAGUGCAAACUUAAUGGCAUAUAUAUAUUGAUUUGGUUUGUUGAAGCCAGUAUAUUUUCUCUCUCUUCUAAUCACCUUCGAAUGCAUAUAUGAUUUGUCAACUAAUUUUAAUGGAAAGAACUGUGUAUUAUAAUGUGUGGUAUGCUUUGAAUAACCAACCUAUCUUGAUAAGACUGAGGGAUUGGUGAGAUGGCACAUCCUUUCUUUACAUUUAAUCUUUUGACUCAAUCCCAAUGGUGGUCUGGCUUGUAUAUUUUUAUCUCUUGUAUGACUGGUUCUCUCUAUGCUCCUAUUGAAUAAAUGGCUUGAUGUAUCUUAA